GAAACAUGAUUCAAGACAUAAGAAAACAUUCAGUUGCUCUGAGUGUGGGAAAAUAUUUAGCUUCAAGUCAAAUCUGAAGCAACACAUGAUAACUCACACAGGAGAAAAACCUUUUAGCUGCUCAGUUUGUAAGAAAAGAUUUGGCCUCAACUCAAUUCUUAAAAAACACAUGUUAACUCAUAGAGGAGAGAAACGUUUCAGCUGCUCACGUUGUGAUAAAAGAUUUGGCAACGGGUAUAAUCUGAAGAAACACAUGAGAACUCAUACAGGAGAAAAACCUUUCAGCUGCUCAGUCUGUAAACAAUCUUUUUCAGAGAAUGGAAGUUUAAAGAAACACAUGAGAUUCCACACAGGAGAGAAGCCUUUCAGCUGUUCUGAGUGUGAUAAAGCUUUCAGUGUUCGUGAAUACCUGAAGACACACAUGAGAACUCAUUCAGGAGAAAAGCCUUUCAGCUGCUCAGUCUGUGAGAAAUCUUUUUCACACAGUGGAGCUUUAAAGUCACACAUGGCGGUCCACUCAGGAGAAAAACCUUUUAGCUGCUCAGUUUGUAAAAAAUCAUUUACACAGAGCGUAUAUUUAAAGUCACACAUGAGAAUCCACACAGGAGACAAACCUUUCAGCUGCUCUGAGUGUGAUAAACGAUUUGGCCAGAAGGAACAUCUGAAGAGACACAUGAGAACUCACACAGGAGAAAAACCUUUCAGCUGCUUACUUUGUGAUAAAAGAUUUGGAAACGGGUAUAAUCUGAAGACACACAUGAGAACUCAUACAGGAGACAAACCUUUCAGCUGCUCAGUUUGUGAUAAAAGAUUUGGCGUCAAGUCAACGCUUAAAAAACACAUGUUAACUCAUACAUGGGAAAAACCUCAGCUCAAUCUGUAAGAAAUAUUUUACACAGAAAGAAAAUGUAUAGACACACAUAAGAACCCCAUACGGGAGAGAAAAGAUAUAGCUGGCCUUUGUGAUGUGAUGUGUUAAAAGAUUUAUACAGAAGACACAACUGACACGCCACGUGGCAGAGUUUAGAUUCUCUGCCCGAGCCCAAACUUGACGAUAUUUUUCGCCGCUAUCCUCGGGCAGGGCAGGGCAGGGCCGUGCCCUUGAUCAAGCAUUUGUGUUUUCUUAAUCAUUACUUUAUUAGCCUAAUUUGGUGGGGAGAAAGCUAUGCCUCUCCAGCUUCUCCCGUAGCUCUGGGUGUAUGUCCUGCACUGACUUUAGUGGGGGGUAAAGCGUGCUACAUCGUGUCUCCCCCUCUGCAGCAUUGUUGUCGGCCAGUGUGUCGGCAUGCAGACCGUGGCGAAGGACAGUAUUAAUUAGGGGAUCGAGACAAAGUCUCGUAUAUGGUUCCAGGACUUUGAUUAUGUUGCUGCCUUGAUCUGUUCCCCACACUAUUCAGCUGAGGGAGCUAGGGUCAAGUUUUUUUAUUUUUUGUUUCUUCAUUCUGAUCCAUUUGCGAUCCAUUCCAUUCUGAAUAAACAAACUGCAGUUUAGCCUGCUUUGUCAUUGUUGCAUUAUUCAUUAAGAUAAUUCUAAACAGAUUUCUGUAGUUCAAACAACUCUGAAUUAUAGUUGAGAAAGUCAGUGAUAACGGCCCAUGUAUUCAAAUAUUUUGGGUAUAGGGCUCAGGCUCAUAAUUACAGUUAAUGGGCUGGGCUCGGACACAACGUGCACAGGCUCAGGUUGGGUCGGGCUUGAUUUUUUUUUGGGCCCGAUCUAAGCUCUACAUGGCAGUUCAAACAGUAGAGAGAAAGUACACAUGCAGUGUUUGUGAUAAAAGAUUUGCCCAUAGCACUAUGUCAUAAAACAUGAAUGUGUCAGUCGUCACAGCUUCAUCAGAGUCAAACUGAGGAGAAGAGGGGCAGAGCCUCCAGCCAGCAGAGAAACUCAACACAUGGAAAUAGAAGCUGAUGGAGAGGACUGUGGAGGACCAGAACCAGCCAGGAACUCACAU